AUGGCUGCUUUGGAGCGACAAUUUACCAAACUUUCACUUCUUGAAGAGGAACUUGGGGCCCUAGUGGAAGACUUCCAGACACUGAAGCAGGUCGGAGACGCUCCUGUCCUCAAUCCCAAUGAUGAUCUUAUGUUAACGUUUAGUAAACUUGCAAACUUGAUCAAAUACAUGGAAUUGCUUCUUGCCGAGAAAAUAGACUCUAGUGAAGUGGGACCGGAAGUUGAUCGAUUUCGAAAAGGUCUAGAGACUUACAAUGAAUAUCUGAACUCCAUUAAGGAGGAUCUUCCGAAGGACGCCAAUCUGGAGAUUAGUACAAUGAGGCUUGACGAAGCUCUUAACAGACCCAGACCCAAGAUAAAGAAAUCCAAAUCUGUGAGGUUCAAGGAGAAUUUGAUAGAUCCUUCAGAAUCACAGAAGCGGGCGCAAGCUGCUUCUUCCCGCACUUAUAACGACGACCCAAGCAAAGACUCACUUUUCGAGACCAACACCUUAUACAAGGACGACAGUGGGAGUACGAUAGAUCAUAUGCGAAUGUCAAAUAAACAAAUAUUUAUGGAAAACCAGCAAGAAUUAAUAGAUCAGGAUGAAAUCAUCAAUUCAUUAUCGCAAUCGGUCAAUAGACAGCACGAGAUGUCUUUGCAGAUCGGAGAUGAAGUAGGCGAUCACAUGGUGUUACUUGAUGACUUAGAGUCAGGGAUAUCAAGAGCAAAUGCGAAAAUCAUUCGAGGACGGUCGAACAUUGAUCGCUUCAGGCAGAAAUUGAAAGAGCAUGGCGACUGGUUCACUAUAUUCGUGCUCGUGAUUAUUAUGUUCAUCCUGCUUGUUGUUUUGAAGUGA